AUGGAGGCUGGCUCUGAGGAAGAUGCUAGUAGGGCUAUGGAUCAGACGGAGGGGCCCAAGAGGCCCAAGCGUCAGAUGAAGACGCCGUUUCAGUUGGAGAUGCUCGAGAAAACAUAUGCCGUGGACAUGUACCCGUCCGAGGCGAUUCGUGCAGAACUUUCGCAGAAAUUAGGUUUAACCGACCGGCAACUGCAGAUGUGGUUCUGUCAUAGGCGGUUGAAGGAUAAAAAGGAGGCAUCAGGUGUCUCAGCCACAAAGCCACGCGUCGCUGGGCCCACUGGGAGUAAGGGUUUCAUUGGGUCCCCAAGGGAGGAGUUAAUGCCGAUUGAGCCUGUCAGUGAACAUGGCUCUGGUUCUGGUUCUGGAUCAGGGUCUGGGUCUGGGUCAGGUUCAGGGUCUAGUGGGUUCAAUAAUAGAGAUGAUACUCCAAUGGUGCCGCCAAGGUAUUAUGAGUCACCUCAGGUGAUUAUGGAGAGAAGAGUGAUAGCUUGUGUGGAGGCACAAUUGGGAGAGCCAUUAAGGGAAGAUGGGCCUAUUCUCGGAAUCGAGUUUGAUGAUCCGCCCCCUGGUGCAUUUGGUGCACCCAUAGUGCCGAGAGAGCAGCACAACAGAUACAUACGUUCUUAUGAUAGCAAUUUGCAUGGGAAUUAUGACACAAAGCGUAUCAAAGUUGGUUCUCUAACAAAUGCUGCAUAUACUGGUACUCAAGGAGUGGAGUCUAAAAUUAGAACUGACGCCUAUGGGCAUGCGACCCCAUCGGAACAUGUUGAAGGCCAGGUAUCAGACAUGGAUAUGCAUUCUCAUCAGCCAAGCAGGCAAAUGCAGUUCGCAUCAUCUCGGGUUAAUACGGAUUUUGUUAUACCCAAUGAUAACAGUCCGCAUAUGGGGAGAAAACGCACGAGUGAUGAAGCUCAACUUGGAAGAGAAGUUCAAGCCGAUGAAAAGAAAAUCCGGAAAGAGCUUGAGAAGCAAGAUCUUUUGAGGCGGAAGAGGGAGGAGCAAAUGAGGAAAGAAAUGGAGAGGCAAGAUCGUGAGCGAAGGAAAGAAGAAAUACGAAUGAUGCGAGAGCAGCAAAAGCAGGAGGAGAAAUUUCAGCGGGAGGAAAGGCGUGAAAUGGAACGGAGGGAGAAAUUUAUGCAAAAGGAACUUCUGCGAGCAGAGAGGAGGAAACAGAAAGAGGAGCUCCGGAGAGAGAAGGAAGCAGCAAGACAAAGAGCUGCCAUGGAGAGAGCCGUGGCACGGAGAAUUGCUAAAGAGUCUAUGGAUUUCAUAGAAGAUGAGCGCCUGGAGAUGAUGGAAUUGGCUGCUUCGAGCAAAGGGCUUCCUUCAAUUCUGUCUCUUGACUAUGACUCUUUGCAAAAUCUUGAGUUGUUUCGAGAUGCCUUGUGUGAAUUCCCUCCGAAGUCUGUACAAUUGAAAUUGCCUCUUGUCAUCCAGCCUUGGAUAGGUUCAGAUGAAAACGUUGGCAAUCUCAUGAUGGUCUGGAAAUUUUGCGUAACAUUUGCAGAUGUUAUUGGGAUUUGGCCUUUUACCAUUGAUGAAUUCGUACAAGCUUUGCAUGAUUAUGAUUCAAGGCUGCUUGGUGAGGUACAUAUUGCAAUUCUGAAACUCGUUAUUAAAGAUAUUGGAGAUGUUGUGAGAACUCCUUCAAGUGGACCAAGCACAAACCAAUAUAGUGCUGUUAAUCCUGAAGGAGGGCAUCCUCAAAUUGUUCAAGGGGCAUACGCAUGGGGUUUCGACAUAAGAAACUGGCAGAAGCACUUAAGUCCACUAACAUGGCCAGAGGUAUUAAGGCAAUUUGCUCUGUCUGCUGGUUUUGGGCCACAGUUGAAGAAAAAGGGCACCAAUCGGGGUUCCUCAAAUGACAAUGAUGAGAGUAAAGGGUGUGAAGAGGUUGUGUCUACCUUGCGCAAUGGUUCAGCUGUUGAGAAUGCCGUUGCAAUUAUGCAAGAGAAAGGUUCCACUCUCCAGCGUAAAUCCAGGCACCGAUUAACUCCUGGAACUGUUAAAUUUGCUGCAUACAAUGUUCUUGCUCUUGAGGGAAGCAAAGGACUAAAUGUUAUUGAACUUGCUGACAAGAUUCAAAAAUCUGGGCUCCGUGACCUGACAACAAGCAAGACUCCGGAGGCUUCCAUAUCUGUUGCCUUGUCGAGGGAUCCAGUACUGUUUGAAAGAAUUGCUCCUUCUACAUACUGUGUACGUCCAGCUUUCAGAAAGGAUCCUGCUGAUGCUGAAUCAAUAAUUGCUUCAGCUAAAGAAAAAAUACAGAGGUACGGCAAUGGUUUUCUGGCUGGUCAAAAUGGUGAAGAGGACGAAAGGGAUGAUGAUGAUUCAGAUAGCGAUGGUGCGGAGGGUGCAGAAAUAGAUGCUUUAGCUACUCCAUUAGUUGAUAUAAACAAACAUGGUGAAUACAAUGAAAUUGGGUCAUGCUCUGGUGAUGCUAAAGACAAGCUUCCUGAUCCUACUGCUCUGCCAAAUGAAGUUGGUAAUGUUGAUACUGGGGAGGAACAUCCUGAACAAGGUGUUGAGAUUGAUGAAAGCAAGUCGGGGGAGCCCUGGGUCCAGGGACUCACUGAAGGGGAAUAUUCUGAUCUAUCGGUUGAGGAGCGUCUCAAUGCUCUUGUGGCCUUGAUUGGCAUUGCAAAUGAAGGGAAUUCGAUUCGUGUAAUUCUUGAGGAACGGAUGGAUGCUGCAAAUGCUCUUAAAAAGCAGAUGUGGGCCGAAGCUCAGCUGGACAAAAGGCGAUUGAGGGAGGAAAUUAUUACCAAGCUUUAUGAUUCUUCUUUCAAUGCUGCUGGAGAGAGUAGUUUGUGUCCGCUAGUUGCUGUGCAAAAUAAAAUGUAUGAUCCAUCAGCAAACAGUAUUGGGAAAAGUGAAAUGGCGGAGAAUUUUCAAAAUUCCAUUGAUAAUCAUGCCCAGGAUGCAUCCAUGGGUCAGUUUAUUUCUCCAGCUUUGCAGAACGGACAUUCCACAGAUAGGUCUCGCUUGCAGCUAAAGUCUUAUAUAGGCCAUAGGGCAGAAGAACUUUAUGUCUACAGGUCCCUGCCUCUGGGUCAAGACAGAAGGAGAAAUCACUAUUGGCAAUUUGUGGCUACAGCUUCUUGCUUGGAUCCUGGUUCGGGCAGAAUAUUUGUUGAGUCAUCCAGUGGCAGUUGGAGACUUAUUGAUACUGAGGAGGCUUUUGAUGCUCUCCUGACAUCUUUGGACACCCGCGGGACCAGAGAAUCCCAUUUGCAUAUAAUGCUGCAAAAAAUUGAAGCCCGCUUCAAGGAAGGUCUACAAAGGAAUUGUUUAUCCCCCAAUAUCGCAGAUGAUGACGGUGAUAUGGCUGGACAAGAAGUCGAGAGCCCCAGCAGUGCAGUUUCCAAUACAAACUCGGAUGUGCCAGAACCAUCAUCUUCUUUCAAAAUCGAGACAGGUAGGAAUGAGACCGAGAGAAAGAAUUUUCUGAAGAGAUACAAAGACUUACAGGCUUGGAUAUGGAAAGAGUGCUUCAGCUCGUCGGUUGUUCGUGCCAUGGCAUACGGGAAAAACAGGUGCUCACCUGUGUUGGGAGUUUGUGAGAUUUGUCUUGAUACAUACGAUAACAAGGACAUUUGCCAUUCUUGCCAUCAAACUCAAAUAAUAUGUUCGUCUCCAUUGAGAAUCAGAUUGCUCAAGGCCGUUCUAUCGUCGCUUGAGGUUACUCUUCCUGCCGAGGCUCUUAAUUCCUCCUGGAAUGAAGACUGUAGGAAAGCGUGGGGUUUAGACCUGCAUAAAUCGUCAUCCAUCGAGGAUCUCCUACAGGUCCUGACUCGGCUUGAGGGUGCCGUGAGACGUGAUUAUCUUUCCGAAGAUUUUGAGACUACAGAAGAAUUGCUGUGUCUUGGCCCAUCAAGAGGUGCUUCGAAUGAAUGUAAUUACUCUGGACUCCCUCAACUCCCUUGGAUCCCGAAAACUGCAGCUGCCAUGGCUCUGAGGCUUUUGGAGCUAGACGAGUCGAUCUUCUAUACUCCGAACCAGAAGGCUGAGUCCUCUGAUCGGAAGAAAUUGGAAGCCCUUCCAACGAGGCCCGAGAGUCUCGGAUGCAUAAAGGAAGAGAAGUUAGAGAUCUUCCGAGACACCAUCACAGGUAGCUCUGGUUACAUUAAACCGCCUGCUCGGGCCCAAGGUGGGGGCCCACGCAGCAAGUCUCAAAAGGUUGGGCCCACAUCGCGGCCCGCCAAGCAGAGCAACAGCUUUAAACAAGGGGAGACGCUGGUCCAGAUCCUCAUGCAGCAGCAAGGCGGGCAGAAGAACGUGCGUGGCCGGAGGACCGUCAGGAGGAGACCGGAGAAGAAGGCCGAAAACAAGAGCUUGCAGGAUUAUUUAGACGAGAAGAGCCCAUUCAGAAAUACCGUGCAGUUGCCAAGAAAUUCGGGUCGGGAUGUGGCAGGUGAUUACAGGUAUAGGAUUAAUAAUGUUAUGGUCGAGAAUAAUAAUGAGAGAAGUAGUUGUAGCAGCAUGGAAGAAGAAGAAGAGGAAGAAGAAGAGGAAGAAGAGGAUUUGAUUGGGUACGAAAAUUGGGGCCGGUCGGGCUAUGAUGUGGGUGUUUUGAACAGAGGUAAUGAGAUGAGUGAGGAGGAAGAGGAUGAUGAUGUGAAUGGGAAUAUGGAGGGAGGAGAUAUGGGAUUCAUCAACUAUGAUGAUGACGAGUCAGGUGAGGAUGAUAUGCAAAGGACUAGGGUCGAUGAUUCAGAGUCUGAGGAUUACAGCGACUGA